CUUAUGUUCAGGAUCCAUUUUGAGACGACAGAGUAGAAAGGAAAAGCAAUAUGGGGAGAAGAAGAAAAAAGAGGGGACAGUGCUCUAAAAUGAGUCUCUCUGUGGAGAGAGAGGGGGGACCUGCCUCUAAAAUGAGUCUCUCUGGGGGACAUGACACCAAAGCUAAGAGACCAUUCAAGCGGAAGAGACCAGCCUCCCCUGUACCCAGCUGUGUGUCCAUGAAGAGUGACAAGUCUAUGGAUUAUCCUCUAAACUUUAGAGAGGGAGACUUUUCUACUGAACAAAGAAACCAACAGGAGAGAUCAGAGUCAGAGAUUCUCAGUGGUCAGUCUUCCCAGAGUCAUCAAACAGACCUGGCCUCCAUAUUCAGUUUCCUUGAAGAGAAUAUUAUGACAUUUGUGAAGAACGAGCUGAAGAUGUUCAAGAGGAUUCUUAGUCCAGAACUCCCAGAAGGCUUUGAGAGUCAGAAGCAGGAUAAGGAAGUGGUGGACACUGAAGAUGAGAAGCAGGAGAGCAGUGCCAGAGAGGGGGCUCUGAAGAUCACACUGCACGUCCUGAGGAAAAUGAACCAGAAGGAGCUUGCUGACACACUGGAGAAAUAUGAACUUGCUGUGAUUUGCCAACGUGAACUCAAAUCUAAUCUAAAGAAGAAGUUUCAAUGUGUAUUUGAGGGGAUCGCUAAACAAGGAAACCCAACACUUCUCAAUAAGAUCUACACAGAGCUCUACAUCACAGAGGGUGGAACAGGAGAGGUCAAUAAUGAACAUGAGCUGAGACAGAUUGAGACAACAACCAGGAAACAAGCAAGACCAGAGACUGCAAUCAAAUGUAACGACAUCUUCACACCUUUAACUGGACAAGACAAACGUAUCAGAACUGUGCUGACAAAGGGAGUCGCUGGCAUUGGAAAAACAGUCUCUGUGCAGAAGUUCAUUCUGGAUUGGGCUGAAGGAAAAGCAAAUCAGGAUGUCCAAUUUGUAUUUUCAUUCCCUUUUCGGGAGCUGAAUUUGAUGAAAGAGGACAAACACACUUUCAUUGAACUUCUCAAUCACUUUUCAAUGGAAACCAAACAAUCAAGAAUCUCCAACUACGACAAGUACAAAGUUCUGUUCAUCUUUGAUGGUCUGGAUGAGUGCCGACUGCCCCUAGACUUCCAGAAGAACAAGAUCUGUUGUGACGUCACAGAGUCAACCUCAGUGGAUGUUCUGCUGACAAAUCUCAUCACGGGAAAUCUGCUUCCCUCUGCUCUCCUCUGGAUAACUACCCGACUUGCAGCAGCCAAUAAGAUCCCUUCAGGGUGUGUUGACCAGGUGACAGAGGUACGAGGGUUCAAUGACCCACAGAAGGAGGAGUACUUCAGGAAGAGAUACAGUAAUGAGGACCUGGCCAGCAGAAUCAUCUCACACAUAAAGACAUCAAGGAGCCUCCACAUCAUGUGCCACAUUCCAGUCUUCUGUUGGAUUUCUGCAACAGUCCUUGAACACAUGCUGAAACAUAAGAGAGAAGAGAUGCCCAAGACUCUGACUGAGAUGUACACACGCCUUGUGGUGUUUCAUACCAAACAGAAGAAUGAAAAGUAUCUUGGGAAAGAAGAGACAGGUCCACACUGGAAUAAAGAGAGCAUUCUGUCACUGGGAAAAUUGGCUUUUCAACAGCUUGUGAAUGGCAAUCUGAUUUUCUAUGAAAAAGACCUGAAAGAGGCUUGCAUUGAUGUCAAUGAAGUCUCAGUGUACUCAGGAUUGUGCACACAGGUCUUUAAAGAGGAAUGUGGGCUGUACCAGGACAAGGUGUACUGCUUUGUUCAUCUGAGCAUUCAGGAGUUUCUGGCUGCUGUAUAUGUGUUCCUCUCAUUCAUCAACAACAAUGAGAAUCUAAUGGAUGAUCCUCAAUCAAUGUUCAGCCACUUUACUGCGCUGUUCAGAGACAAGCCUAAAGUUACUGUCUACAAGAGUGCUGUGGAUAAAGCCUUACAAAGUGAGACGGGAAACCUGGACCUUUUCCUCCGCUUCCUUCUGGGCCUCUCACUGGAGUCCAAUCAGAAGCACUUACGAGGUCUGCUGACAAAGACAAGAAGCAGCUCAAAGACCCACGAAGAAACAGUCAAGUACAUCAAGGAGAAGAUCAGGGAGAAUCCCUCUCCAGAGAGGAGCAUCAAUCUGUUCCACUGUCUGAAUGAACUGAAUGACCAUUCUCUAGUGCAGGAGAUCCAAAGAUACCUGAGAUCAGGAAGUCUCUCAGAACCCUACCUGUCACCUGCACAGUGGUCAGCUCUGGUCUUUGUGUUGCUGACUUCAGAAAAGGAGCUGGAUGUGUUUGACCUGAAGAAAUACUCCAGAUCAGAGGAAGGUCUUCUGAGGCUGCUGCCAGUGGUCAAAGCCUCCAGAGCUGUUCUGCUGUCAGGCUGUGGAGUCACAGAGGAAGGCUGUGCUUCUCUGGUCUCAGCUCUGAGGUCAAACCCCUCACACCUGAGAGAGCUGGACCUGAGUAACAAUGACCUGAAGGAUUCAGGAGUGGAGCUGCUCUCUGCUGGACUGGGGAAUCCCCACUGUAAACUGGAGACUCUGAGGCUGUCAGGCUGUCUAGUCACAGAGGAAGGCUGUGCUUCUCUGGUCUCAGCUCUGAGGUCAAACCCCUCACACCUGAGAGAGCUGGACCUGAGUAACAAUGACCUGAAGGAUUCAGGAGUGAAGCUGCUCUCUGCUGGACUGGGGAAUCCCCACUGUAAACUGGAGACUCUGAGGAUGUCAGGCUGUCUAGUCACAGAGGAAGGCUGUGCUUCUCUGGUCUCAGCUCUGAGGUCAAACCCCUCACACCUGAGAGAGCUGGAUCUGAGCUACAAUCACCCAGGAGACUCAGGAGUCAGACUGCUCUCUGCUGGACUGGAGGAUCCACACUGCAGACUGGAGAAACUCAAUGUGGAACAUGGUGGAGAGAACACAAUGAAACCUGGGCUUAGAAAAUAUGUCUGUGAUCUCACACUGGACCCAAACACAGUAAACAGACUCCUCUCUCUGUCUGAGGAGAACAGAAAGGUGACACGUAGGACAGAGGAGCAGCCGUAUCCUGAUCACCCAGAGAGAUUUGAGGACUGGGGACAGGUGCUGUGUAGAGAGGGUCUGACUGGGCGCUGUUACUGGGAGGUAGAGUGGAGUGGGAGAAGGGCUGAUAUAGGAGUGACAUAUAAAGGAAUCAGCAGGAGAGGAAGGGUUAACGACUGUUGUCUUGGAUACAAUGACAAGUCCUGGAGUCUGUUCUGCUCUGAUUACAGUUACAUUGCCAGUCACAAUAAUAAUCCCACUACCAUAGACGUCCCCUCCUCCAGCUCCCACAGAGUAGGAGUGUAUCUGGACUGGCCAGCCGGCACUCUGUCCUUCUAUAGAGCCUCCUCUGACACACUGACCCACCUGAUCACAUUCACCUCCACAUUCACUGAGCCCCUCUAUCCAGGGUUUAGGGUUUGGUUUAAUGGCGACUCAGUGUCCCUGAAAUAAUAACCUGACACACACACACUGGACACACACACAUACACACACACACUGGACACACACACACACACACACACACACACACACACACACACACACACACACACACACACACACACACACACACACUGGACACACACACACACACACACACACACACACACACUGGACACACACACACUGGACACACACACACUGGACACACACACAUACACACACACACUGGACACACACACACACACACACACACACACACUGGACACACACACACACACACACACACACACACACACUGGACACACACACACACACACACACACACACACACACACACACACACACGCACACACUGGACACACACACACACACACACACUGGACACACACACACACUCACACUGGACACACACACACUCACACUGGACACACACACACACUCACGCUGGACACACACACACACUCACACUGGACACACACACACUCACACUGGACACACACACAGACACACACACACACACACACACACACACACUGGACACACACACACACACACACACACACACACACACACACACACACACACACACACACACACACACACACACACACACACACUGGACACACACACACUGGACACACACACACACACACACACUGGACACACACACACUGGACACACACACACACACUCACACUGGACACACACACACUCACACUGGACACACACACACACUCACGCUGGACACACACACACACUCACACUGGACACACACACACUCACACUGGACACACACACAGACACACUGGACAGAUACACACACACUGGACACACACACACACACACACUCACACAAACACAGACACACUGGACACACACACACACACACACUGGACAGAUACACACACACUGGACACACACACACACACUGGACACACACACACACACACUCACUGGACACACACACACACACACACACACACUGGACAGAUACACACACACUGGACACACACACACACACACACACACACACACUGGACACACACUCACACUGGACACACACACACACACACUGGACACACACACACACACACUGGACACACACUCACACUGGACACACACACACACACACACUGGACACACACACACACUCAUACUGGACACACACACACACUCACACUGGACACACACACUCACACUGGACACACACACUGGACACACACACACACACUGGACAGAUACACACACACUGGACACACACACACUGGACACACACACACACACACACUGGAAACACAAACACACACUGGACACACACACACACACACACAUUGGACACACACACACACUGGACACACACCCACACACACACUGGACACACACACACACACACACUGGAAACACACACACACUGGACACACACACACACGCACUGGAUACACACACACAGACACACUGGACACACACACAGGACACACACACACACACUGGACACACACUCACACUGGACACACACACUCACACUGGACACACACACACACUCACACUGGACACACACACACACACAGUGGACACACAGGACACACACACACACACACACACACACACACACACACACACACACACAGUGGACACACUGGACACACACACAAACUGGACAAACAAACAAACCCAGACACACACACACAGUGGACACACAGGACACACACAUGCGUGUCUUCCUAUAAUUGUGACAAUAACACCGUUAAAAUACCAAUGUGAUCAUUUGUUGUCUUUUAUGUUGAAUAACAAAUUGUAUAAUUAUAUAUGGACAUACGCUCCAUAGUUGUACAAGUAUACAAGGAUAUAUUGUACUUUUCAUAAUAAAACAGACUUGAAACAAGAAAA